AUGAAGCCGCGGCGCGCUGCCCGCAACACCUCCCAGCCGCCGAGCACGACCCGUGGCGGCGGCAGCGGAGGCGGCCCACGACACCGCUCGGCGUCGCCAGGCCCCAUUGUUGCGCGCAAGACGCAGUUUAGGAGUAGUCAGCCGACACCGGUGCGCCAGGCGCAGCAGCAGGAGGCUGGCACUGGUACCAGCAAUAGGAAGGUUGUUAAGAAGACGGGGAGGACGGGCGGCAGGAGUGCGAGGUCGGGGAGUCGUGGGAGGAGACAUGAGGAGGAGGAGGAGGAUAACAGCCAGCAGCAGCAGCAGGAAGAGGAGGAUAUGGAGGAGGUGGUGGAGGUGCAUAGGAGUGCUGAGCAGCAGCAGCAGCGCGGAAGACUGUCCCUCUCGCUUGUCCUCGAAGGCAGCGAGGCCGAUGCUGAGGCGGAAAAGCAGAAAGAAAAUCAGAGGGAUCAACAGCAAGAGGAGCCCGAAUCACCACCAAACCCAUCAAGAUAUGAGCCACCCCCCAACCUCCUCCCUCACGACGAUACCUUCUCAUCCGUCUCCCCGGUCUCAGAAUUUUUCUCAACACCAGAACCAGAUCUCUCGAACACCCAAAUAGAGAUCGAGGAGCUUGAUGUGGGCCUCAUGCUUGAGAUGUUCCCACACUUGGACGCACAUAGCAGGAAGAUAUUGGACCUUCUCAUUCUGAAACCCCCCACAAGAGACCUGAGACGGCUUCUCCUCGUUCCGGGCUCAAGCGCAUCCAAGCGUCUCCGGACAUAUGAGCAGAAUUUUGCCGCGUCAAAGACGGCCUACGGCACGUCUGAGUAUAUCUCUGUACGCCAAGUCGAGAGUGCUUUCGGCGGCGACGAGAGCUUCCGUCCGCUCCUCCACGCCUCCAACCUCUCCAUUUUGGCGGACGUUGCAUACACCAGCCAGGGGUCUGGCGAGAGCACUUUUGAGAAGCUGAAGCAGAUCGAGAGGGAUUUCCCGGUGCAGUUUGGCGAUGUGGUCCGGAACGUCAACUUCCAGGCUGCCUUGGACCUCAGGACACAGUACUUGGUUUUGGCGCUGGUGAACCAUCAGGAUACGGAUGGCUUCAACCCUGAUAUGUGGCUGAGACUCAUAUUUUUCGAUGACAAUAUGGUCAUCAAGCGCUGGACAGAGAUGGAGGAUGUCGACAACUGGGAGGCCCGAGUUCUCGAAAGGGUGAUGAGGAUCAGAUCCACUUUUGCACAGAAACCGUAUGACGACCCACUGGACGUUGCCAUGCUGGUGGACCUGUUCCCGUGGGACGAAUUUGUCAAGAGGAUCUCGAGCUACAUCAAGAUCCGCUUUUCCGAGCUUGAAAAGUCACGCGCCGGCAGGAGCGUCGAGGAGUUGGUCGAGAAUGCAAGGAACCCGCAGUUUGGGGAUGUUAAGGAAAGGGAUCUUCUGGAUGAUCGUGAGAUCCCAGAGACAAUACAAAUACCCAUAAAACCCCGCGCAGCACGUGUUUCGCAAAAGCUGCCCGAAGCCGAGCCCGAAGCAGUUGCUUCGACUGCGCCUGCAGCGGCGGCCGCUGAUUUUGAGAGCUUUGAGUCAUAUAAACUCAGGAAAGAGCAGCAAGGCCGCGGAAGGCUGGAGUCGACAUCGAUCGUUCUCAACGCAGCACAGAUGAGGGACCUAAAGAGACGCAAGACAAUGCCCGCCCCCGAGACAGUGCCGUUCGUCAGAGGCACGCCGAGAGUGGCAACCUCGCUGGGUUCCAAGGACGCGGAGGUGAUCACCUUGUCUCAGGUGAAAUUCUUAAAGUGCCUGAAAAACGCACCGGAGAAAACUCCUGGAGAAGAGGGGCCUUACAAGCUGCCGGAAGCUGCCGGGGAGGUUGUGGCCUCUAAGCAGGUAGAGGCACCCAAGCAAGCGGCGGCACCCGAACCGGUGGAAGCUCCUGAACCGAUGGAAGAUGCUCAGCCGCUGGAGGAUGAAGGCGAUGAUAACGGUGUAUACAAUCCUGAACGGUGGAUGGCCACUAUCAAGAGAAUGAGGGGGGUCAAGAACAAGGAGAAUGAUAAAUCAGUGGCCUCGACUCUCCCUCCUCCACAGCAAUCUCGCCUCAUGAAGCGAAAGCGGUUCAUCGACCCCCAAGAAGGCGCGACCCGCGUUUCGCAGAUCGACGACGGCAGCCACAGAGCGCCCGCGAAGCGACAGCAGCUCCAAAAGGGAAAGGAAAGAGAGGUCAUUCCCGAAGAGGUAGAAGAAAGCAGGCCCGCGUUUGAAACCGAGGGUCAGGACGAGCAGGACGAGGAUGCGGAUAUGUACCAAGUAGACUCGAGGAAAGAGGACGAAGAGAGGAUGAAGAGGAGCAGAAAGGGCCUGCCAGACAUUGGUCCCUCGAGUGCUGCUGCUGAUAAAGCCCCCGCUGCCUCCGCCGCUCCAAGAACAUCAACCUCCUCCGCAAAGGCCGCAGAGGUGCAGAACGGUGCCAAGCAGCGUAAAAUCGCGCCAAUGAAGGGUUCUAGGAAUUCCAAGGGUUCGAGGGCUUCUGGGGGUACUGAGGCCUCCAAGAAAUUGUCGGGCGCAGGCGAAAAGUCGGAUGUGGACGAGUGUGAUAGCGAGGACGAGGAGUAUGAUGACGAGGAGGAAGCGGAGGAGGUAGAGGAGGUUGAGGAUGAGGACGAGUCCGUCAACAAUGACGAGAGGCGUGCUGCGCUCAACCAAAGGGUUGAGAGAAUAAUAAAGAAGGAUCUUGCGAGGCAGUCGAAGCCAGCGCGCCUGUUUAGGAAACGACAGCCUUGGGGACGGAAGCAGACGGCGCUUUUGAUUCGGAUAAUUGGGGAAAGGGGUUGCAAAUGGGCCGAGAUUAGAGAUAUGAACGUUGCUGAAUUCAGCGGCCGGUCGAAUGUCCAACUUAAAGAUAAGGCACGAAAUAUUAAAUAUGACUACCUGAAAGCAAGAAUGCAACUGCCUCCCAACUUUGAAGACGUCACCAUCAGCAGGACCCAGGUGCAGACAUUGCAACACAUGGGCAUCAACUGCGACGACUACAUCUGA